GUCUGAGGGGUUAUUCUGGUCAGUUCUGCGUUGCACUUUAGCUGAGACAGGAUACAUAAAGAAGAAAGGAGAGAAAAUGGCAACUCCAUGCAAUACAUUAACGGGGCCUGACGGUGCUGAAAUGCUUCAAAAAUCAAUUGAAACGACUGCCCCAGAACAGACUGAUGACAAGAAAAUGGAAAAUUCUGCAUUAAUGGCAGAGGAAGUAAAAGUGUUCACUUUUUUUACUGGAAACAACAAUACAUUGCAUGAAGUACACAAGAACCUUAUUGGCACUCUGCGAAACCACAUUCCGAAUCUGAGAGAAGUUAAAACAGUGGACGAGAGUGACUUCGCUUUGAUUUUGUGUCUUCUUGUUUCUCGAGCUGGAACUGACAUUGAUGCAGCACUUAAACAAUUUGAAGGCAACACAGGCUCUAAGCUGGCUGUUCUAGUGGUGCUUCAUCCCACAAUUGACCCAGAGAAAACAGUGCUAGACAGCAGCAAAUAUGUCAACACGACAGACAUACUCACAGUGGACUAUCUGUUCAAUGAGGAUACAGGAUUACUGAAGUGUCAGAGGAAUUCAGAUGCAGACAACAAAGUUAAGAACUGGUUAAAGCAAGUGUUUAACAAAGUUGACUCAAAAAUGACUCAGAAAUAUCAGGGUCAAGGAGAGUCACAAAAAUCAAAAAAGGAUAAAAGUGAACCGAAGUCAGUGCAGACAAUAAUGCAGAGAAAGACAAAGGAAGUAAAAGUGUUCACUUUUUAUACUGGACACAAAAAUACAUUGCAUGAAGUACACAAGAACCUUAUUGGCACACUGCAAAACCACAUUCCGAAUCUGAGGGAAGUUAAAACAGUGGACGAGAGUGACUUCGCUUUGAUUUUGUGUCUUCUUGUUUCUCGAGCUGGAACUGACAUUGAUGCAGCACUUAAACAAUUUGAAGGCAACACAGGCUCUAAGCUGGCUAUUCUAGUGGUGCUUCAUCCCACAAUUGACCCAGAGAAAACAGUGCUAGAGAGCAGCAAAUAUGUCAACAGGACAGACAUACUCACAGUGGACUAUCUGUUCAAUGAGGAUACAGGAUUACUGAAGUGUCAGAGGAAUUCAGAUGCAGAUGUCAAAGUUAAAAACUGGUUAAUACAGCAGGAAUUUAACAAGAUGAUCUAUGAAAAUAGGGAAAAGACUCUAAAAUGUCAGGGUCAAGAAAAGCCACACAAAUCAGAAAAGGAUGAAAGUGAAUCUGAGACAGUGCAGACAAAAAGACCGAAAAGGGCAGAUGACAAACCUAAGACAAAGGGGGUCAAAGUAUUCGUCACUUUGGCUGGAAAGGCAGAUCAGUGUCACGAGGAAUUUAUUGCCAUUCUGAAAAACCGAAUUGAAAAUCUAAGUGUUGUUCACACAGUGGACGAGACUGACAUAAUUUUGGUUUUCUGCCCUAUUGUUUCUCGAGUUGGAUCUGACAUUGAAGCGGCAUUAAAAUGCUGCACAGACUCUGUACACACUCAGAAGCUAACUGUUCUAGUGGUGCUUCAUCACACGUUUGACCCAGACAAAGUGGUCCUAGACAGCAGCAAAUUUGUCAACAGAACAGACAUACUCACAGUGGACUAUCUGUUCUAUGAGGAUACAGGAUUACUGAAGUGUCAGAAGAAUUCAGAUGCAGACGACAAAGUUGUGAACUGGUUAAGACAGCAGGAGAAGAAACUUGAAGCUUCACGAGAAAACAAACAGCAGAUGACAUCUACUUCCUCCCAUCCAGUAAAAUAUUUUGUGAGUGUGACUGGAGAUGCACAGGAGCAUCAUGUGCACUUUAUAAAAGCUUUACAGGAAGGUAUGAAUCUGCAGGUUUCUACAGAGCAGGAGAGUGAUGUCAUUCUGCUCUUCUGUCCUGACAUCAGUGGGUGUCACAUGAGAACAGACAGGCCUGUUGUUCUCAUUUCUCGCCAUCAAACACUGGACUCAGACAAUUUAAAGAGACGGACUGUUAUUCCUGUGAGCUAUAUUUUCCUUGAGGGUGAAGGUCAUUUUGAUUGCCAGUUGAACAAAGAUGAAAUUUCUGCAGUCUCACGGCAGCUACAGGAGAAGAAAGAACAAGCUUCAAUAAAUUUAAAUACAGAGCAUCCAUCUCCUCCAGUUUCUCCGGUAUUCACUUCCUCUCAUACAGUUAGAUAUUUCACCAAUUUAACUAAAGAUGCAAAGAACUUUUUGCGCUGUAUAGAUGCUACAGAGAAUCAGAUUUGUCUGAAUGAGGUUACUUCAGUGGAAGACAGUGAUGUCAUUCUGCUCUUCUGUCCUGACAUCAGUGACUGUAACAAAAGAACAGACAAGCCUGUUGUUCUCAUUUUUCUCCACAAAACAGUAUCUUCAGAUUCAGUCCCAAGCAGCAAUGAAUUUGUCAACAAACGAAGAAUUUUGCCAUUAGACCUUGUUUACGUUGAGGGUGAAGAACUGCCUAACUGCAAAAUUAACCGAUAUGAAUUGUCUGCGUUCUUAGAGUUUCUAAGCGCUAAGAUCAUCAAGGAAAAGUAGUGGAAUGAACAGGAUCAAUACACCUGUCACCUGUCACCUGUUCACCAUUCAGAAAGAUCCUGUGACACUGACAACUACAUACAUCAACUCUCCCUACUGAUGAAAUCCCUUUUAGCUUGUGUCUAUCAGCUGCUUGUCAGAUAUACUGUAGAGCUAUAAAAAACAGUUUUGCACCCAACAGGAAAAUGCUUUAUGAGAUGACAUGCUUGAAGUUGUAUGUGAAUAAGUCUAGUGUGUUGUUGUGCAUUUACAAAGCAUGAAGCUGCAUAAUUCAGAAAUCCUGUUAGAAUUAUUUGUUUAAAUGAAUGACCUAUAGUGUACAAAAGCAGUAAAACUCUCUAGCCUACUGUAUGGCAAAGUUUGUGUAUAACCAUCAAAACUAAAUGUUCAGUACAGUUGUUUAAUGCAGUGCCUUAUGUUAAUAAAGAGGCAAAUAGAACUAAUUUGUUCUCUCUAUACAUUUCAUUGAGAGAUUUUUAGUGAAGAGUUUUAGUGUUAAUUAUACUGUAUUUAAUCUGUGCGAUGUAUUGAUAGAUUCUGUCUGCUACUGUGGCUUUCCGUUAAAUAUUUGCGUAUAAUAAUAAUAA